GGCGGCCGUGUUGCUGGUGGUGGCGGCUGCAGUAGGGGCCUGAGGCGUUGGGAGUGCUAUCUUCACCUACAUUGGCCCAGGCUGAGGCUCAUGGCAUCGAGUGACAUCCAUCGUAAGGGGUGCGUGAACCCCGCUUCCUAGAGCUGGAAACCGGAGUGGUCCGGACGAGCUCAGUAAGUAGCCGCCGAGGACCGGGAGCAUUUCGCACACAUUCUGAUCAUUAACUGAAGACAAAAUAAUUAACUAUGCAAAAUUCUCACAUGGACGAAUACAGAAAUUCUAAUAAUGGCAGCACAGGCAACAGCAGUUCAGAGGUGGUAGUAGUAGAACAUUCUGCUGAUUUCAGUACUGAGAUUAUGAACGUUACGGAAAUGGAACAAUCACCUGAUGGCUCUCCCAGUUUGAAUACAUCUACAGAGGACAAUGAGACAGCAAAUACUGUGGACUUUCCAGUGACAGAAACAGAAGCAAAUUUCCCUCCAGACUAUGAAAAAUUUUGGAAAACUGUAGAAAAUAAUCCUCAGGAUUUUACAGGCUGGGUAUAUUUGCUUCAGUAUGUAGAACAGGAGAAUCACUUGAUGGCUGCCAGAAAAGCAUUUGACAGAUUUUUCAUACACUAUCCGUAUUGCUAUGGCUACUGGAAAAAGUACGCAGACCUUGAAAAGCGGCAUGACAACAUUAAACAAUCAGAUGAGGUUUAUCGUCGGGGGCUUCAGGCAAUUCCUCUCAGUGUUGAUCUUUGGAUUCAUUAUGUAAACUUCUUAAAAGAAACUUUGGACCCUGGUGAUCCUGAGACAAACAGUAUAAUAAGAGGAACUUUUGAGCAUGCUGUUCUAGCUGCAGGAACAGAUUUCCGAUCUGACAGACUGUGGGAAAUGUAUAUAAACUGGGAAAAUGAACAGGGAAACCUAAGAGAAGUUACAGCUAUAUAUGAUCGUAUUCUUGGUAUUCCUACACAGCUGUAUAGUCAUCAUUUUCAGAGAUUUAAAGAACAUAUACAGAAUAACUUGCCUAGAGAUCUUUUAACUGGUGAACAGUUUAUUCAGCUGCGAAGGGAAUUAGCUUCUGUUAAUGGACAUAGUGGUGAUGAUGGUCCUCCUGGUGAUGAUCUACCAUCAGGAAUUGAAGACAUAACUGAUCCAGCAAAGCUAAUUACUGAAAUAGAAAAUAUGAGACAUAGAAUCAUUGAAAUUCAUCAAGAAAUGUUUAAUUACAAUGAGCAUGAAGUUAGUAAAAGGUGGACAUUUGAAGAAGGUAUUAAAAGACCUUAUUUUCAUGUGAAACCACUGGAAAAGGCCCAACUAAAAAACUGGAAAGAAUACUUAGAAUUCGAAAUUGAAAAUGGGACUCAUGAACGUGUUGUGGUUCUCUUUGAAAGAUGUGUCAUAUCAUGUGCCCUCUAUGAGGAGUUUUGGAUUAAGUAUGCCAAGUACAUGGAAAACCAUAGCAUUGAAGGAGUGAGGCAUGUCUUCAGCAGAGCGUGUACUAUUCAUCUCCCAAAGAAACCCAUGGUACAUAUGCUUUGGGCAGCUUUUGAGGAACAGCAGGGUAAUAUUAAUGAAGCCAGGAAUAUCCUGAAAACAUUUGAAGAAUGUGUUCUAGGAUUGGCAAUGGUUCGUUUGCGGAGAGUAAGUUUAGAGCGAAGGCAUGGAAAUAUGGAAGAAGCUGAACAUUUGCUUCAAGAUGCUAUUAAGAAUGCCAAAUCAAAUAACGAGUCAUCAUUUUAUGCUAUCAAACUAGCCCGACAUCUUUUCAAGAUACAAAAAAAUCUCCCAAAAUCAAGAAAAGUGCUUUUGGAAGCAAUCGAAAGAGAUAAAGAGAACACAAAGUUAUACCUCAAUUUACUUGAGAUGGAAUAUAGUGGUGACCUCAAACAAAAUGAAGAAAAUAUCCUAAAUUGUUUUGACAAGGCUAUACAUGGUUCAUUAACUAUUAAAAUGAGAAUUACAUUUUCUCAGAGAAAAGUGGAAUUUCUUGAAGAUUUUGGUUCAGAUGUUAAUAAGCUUCUGAAUGCUUAUGAUGAACAUCAAACACUCCUAAAAGAACAGGACACUUUAAAAAGGAAAGCAGAAAAUGGCUCAGAAGAACCAGAAGAAAAGAAAGCACAUACAGAAGAUACAGCAUCAUCUACACAGAUGAUUGAUGGUGAUUUACAGGCAAAUCAAGCUGCCUAUAAUUAUAGUGCCUGGUAUCAAUACAAUUAUCAGAAUCCUUGGAAUUAUGGACAGUAUUAUCCUCCCCCUCCAACCUGAUGGAAAAUUGUAAAUUUCAGAUGGGAGUAUGUGGAAAGUAUGAAAUUAUUUUUUUUAAUGAGGGAUGUAAACAUAGCAUAGACUUGUUUUAUUUGAUAACUCGUCUUCCCUGUUUUUGUGUAACAUGAUUUGUUUAGUAAUAGGGGGAAAUGUCAGUUAGUAGCUUACCAGAUACUGUUUCCUACCAUUUAUAAAAUUUACUUUGUAUUGGAGAACUAUUUUUUUGAUUUUUUGCAUUAAGUGGUCUAGAAUUCUUUUGCAGUGUACUUGCAAGAGUUUUGUAGCCUUAAAGUAUAGGGAAAAAAGCUGACUACCAAUCAUGUCAGUGUAGUACAAGAAUCUGAAAACACAUAAAAGGGCUGGUUAUUAAGGAUUUAUCUCUGUAAAAACAGACAGAAAAACAAUGAUUUUUAACCUUACUGAUGAGGUUGUCUUAAAUGCUUCAGUUAUACUUGUGAAUUUGGAUCUACCUGCAGAAAAGAUACACUUAUUAAAAUACUAUGCCUUGGGAUAGAUUAUAAAUGAGAAAAUGUAAUGUUUGCAUCCCUUUAAAAAAUGAAAUCAUAUCAAAAAGUAUGUUGUUUCUGGAGACUUUGUAUUUGGAAUAUUCAUGUAAAACUUGUGAGCAAGCUUUCCUUUUGAUCAAACUGAUCAUCUUCAUUUUGUAAUAAAAACUGAAGACUCAUCCAG